CGAGUGGCACCUGAGCGGCUCCUGAGUGCCAGCGACACGCGCCCCGCAGUCCCCGGCCGGGCGUCCGCCCCUGGCCCCAGGGAGCCCCCAACUUCGCGCCAAGUUCGGGGCCGCGUUCUGCGGAGACAUGCAAAUGAUGACCAGGAACGUUUUGCUAGAAAUGGAGCAGGAGGAGGACGACGACGACGACGGGGAUAUUGGUGUUGUUCCUGCCUCCAAGAGGCCUUUUCUGACUCCUCACACACUCCUCCCAUCCAGUCUGGUGUUGGAGAACCUUGAACAAAGAGUUAUCUCCAAUUUUGGAUCACUGGAAAGUCAGCAAGAUUUUCAAGUCCCAGAGUUUGAAGAAUUUAAUGGAAAAUCUGACUCCCUUUUUUUUAAUGAUGGCCAACGAAGAAUUGACUUUAUUCUAGUGUAUGAAGAUGAAAGUAGAAAAGAGACCAAUAAAAAGGGUACAAAUGAGAAACAAAGGAGAAAAAGACAAGCCUAUGAAUCUAACCUUAUCUUCCAUGGCCUGCAGCUAGAAGCAACACGAUCUGUUUUAGAUGACAAGCUUGUAUUCGUGAAGGUGCAUGCACCAUGGGAGGUGUUAUGUACAUACGCUGAGAUAAUGCACAUCAAGUUGCCUCUGAAACCCAAUGAUCUCAAAACCCGGUCCUCAGCCUUUGGUACUCUUAACUGGUUCACCAAAGUCCUCAGCGUGGAUGAAAGUAUCAUCAAGCCAGAGCAAGAGUUUUUCACUGCCCCAUUUGAGAAAAACAGGAUGAACGAUUUUUAUAUUCAUGAUAGAGAUUCCUUCUUCAAUCCAGCCACCAGAAGCCGCAUUGUUUACUUCAUCCUCUCCCGAGUCAAGUACCAAGUGAUGAACAAUGUUAACAAAUUUGGGAUUAACAGACUUGUAAAUUCUGGGAUCUACAAGGCAGCCUUCCCUCUCCAUGAUUGCAAAUUCCGCCACAUGUCAGAGGAUCCCAGCUGCCCGAAUGAACGGUACCUUCUGUACAGGGAAUGGGCUCAUCCUCGAAGCAUAUACAAAAAGCAGCCCUUGGAUCUUAUCAGGAAAUACUAUGGAGAGAAGAUUGGAAUCUAUUUUGCUUGGCUGGGCUAUUACACUAAGAUGCUCCUCCUGGCAGCCGUAGUAGGAGUGGCUUGCUUUCUCUAUGGGUAUCUCAAUCAAGAUAACUGUACAUGGAGCAAAGAAGUUUGUCAUCCUGAUAUUGGCGGCAAGAUCAUAAUGUGUCCUCAGUGUGAUAGGCUUUGUCCAUUCUGGAAACUCAAUAUUACUUGCGAGUCCUCAAAGAAAUUGUGCAUCUUUGACAGUUUUGGAACCCUGAUUUUUGCAGUAUUUAUGGGAAUCUGGGUCACCCUGUUUUUGGAGUUCUGGAAGCGGCGCCAAGCAGAACUUGAGUAUGAGUGGGACACUGUUGAGUUACAGCAGGAAGAACAGCCCCGGCCAGAAUAUGAAGCACAGUGUAAUCAUGUGGUGAUAAAUGAGAUUACACAGGAAGAAGAACGCAUUCCUUUUACUGCUUGUGGAAAAUGUAUACGGGUAACCCUUUGUGCAAGUGCUGUCUUUUUCUGGAUCCUAUUGAUCAUCGCCUCAGUUAUUGGGAUCAUUGUCUAUAGGCUGUCAGUGUUCAUUGUAUUUUCUGCAAAACUUCCCAAGAGCCUUAAUGGAACAGACCCAAUCCAGAAGUAUCUGACUCCACAGACGGCCACAUCCAUCACUGCUUCCAUCAUCAGUUUUAUCAUCAUCAUGAUUCUGAACACCAUAUAUGAAAAAGUGGCGAUCAUGAUCACAAACUUCGAACUCCCAAGAACCCAGACUGAUUAUGAGAACAGCUUAACCAUGAAGAUGUUCUUAUUCCAGUUUGUCAACUACUACUCUUCAUGUUUCUACAUAGCAUUCUUUAAGGGCAAAUUUGUAGGCUAUCCAGGAGACCCAGUUUAUUGGAUGGGAAAAUACAGAAAUGAAGAGUGUGACCCAGGUGGCUGUCUCCUUGAACUGACAACUCAGCUGACUAUAAUCAUGGGUGGGAAAGCAAUCUGGAAUAACAUACAGGAAGUAUUACUUCCCUGGAUCAUGAAUCUGAUUGGACGGUAUCACACAGUUUCAGGAUCAGAAAAGAUAACCCCAAGAUGGGAACAGGACUACCAUCUGCAGCCUAUAAACAAACUGGGAUUAUUUUAUGAAUAUCUUGAAAUGAUUAUUCAGUUUGGGUUCGUCACCUUAUUUGUGGCCUCUUUCCCACUGGCUCCUCUGUUGGCUCUGGUGAACAAUAUAUUGGAAAUAAGAGUGGACGCAUGGAAACUGACUACCCAGUUUAGACGCAUGGUGCCAGAGAAAGCCCAAGACAUCGGAGCGUGGCAGCCCAUCAUGCAAGGAAUAGCGAUUCUGGCUGUGGUGACCAAUGCCAUGAUCAUUGCCUUCACAUCAGACAUGAUCCCUCGCCUGGUGUAUUACUGGUCCUUCUCCAUCCCGCCCUAUGGGAACCACACUGACUACACUAUGGAGGGGUACAUCAAUAACACUCUCUCCUACUUCAACGUCGCAGACUUCAAAAACAAAAGCAAGGGAAACCCGUACACUGGACUUGGUAACCAUACCACAUGCAGGUAUCGUGAUUUCCGAUACCCGCCUGGACAUCCACAGGAGUAUAAACACAACAUCUACUACUGGCACGUGAUUGCAGCCAAGCUGGCUUUUAUCAUUGUCAUGGAGCAUGUCAUCUACUCGGUGAAAUUUUUCAUUUCGUAUGCAAUUCCAGAUGUAUCAAAAAGCACGAAGAGCAAGAUCAAGAGAGAAAAAUACCUCACUCAAAAGCUGCUUCAUGAGAGUCACCUCAAAGAUAUGACAAAAAACAUGGGGGUGAUAGCUGAGAGGAUGGUAGAAGCAGUAGAUAACAGUUUUCGACCAAAGUUAGAAUAAGGGCUUAUUCUGUGAAGCACUUUAAAGAAUUAAGCUCUGUUAAAAUAUAUUAUGAAUCACUAAAUGAGAAUGUUUUAAGUUAAAUCACUUUGGCAAAUAUGAGUCUUAAUUAUUGCCAUUUUCAUGUAUAUCAUUUUUCAGUUUCAGCUAGCAAUGUGGGAACUGGAAGAUGUAAAAUGUAGAUCAAGACUGGCAUGAAAUUAAUCACCUGGAAAGCCUAAAAUAUUGCCCUUUACUGAUCAUUGGAAUUUUAGUAACAAAGAAAAAUUCUCUUAGUGGGCUUAAAAACCCCCUUGUAAGGCCAAACUUUUUUGGUUACUUUCAUUAUUUUCUAUUCUCAAUCAAGCACACGGUCCUCUUUAUUUUUUUGUAACGUUUCAUUUCUUCACUUUGCCAGUUCUGUUCCAGAGUUAUCUUUUCCUUACAGCACCAUCAUUAAAAAACUAGAUGUGUGCUUAAUAGCUUUUGUGUGACUAAAAAUAGCCAAGUUGAGCUUCACUUUGAAUGCUGUUUUAGUGGCAAAUAGACUCAAGAAUUCACAAUAUGUAUUAUCAGCUCCCUACAGAAAGGAAACUUCAGCUAAUCAGAGGAAAUAGUUUCAGCCUUCAUUUUGACCUGCCUUUCCAUCUAAGAGAAAUUCUUAGUGGAUCAGCAUGAAGAUAGCAAAGUUUUGAAGCAUAUUUGUUCUAACCCACAGUGACACCUUUUAUCUUCCAGGAGCACUCUUAGAAUGUUCUGUGCCUAAUCAAUGUUGAUUGCUUUGCACACCUCAAGGGGAUAAAAUGUCAAAAGUAGGAAAAAUUACAGAUUCAAAUAGAAUUGUAACUCACAUUGAUCUGGAUAAUUAAUUUAUCUCCUCUAAAGACGUAUAGUUUCUUGAGGGGGAAAUUAUAUCACAUGAUUAAAUUACAUUCUUACCAAGGUAAUGGUCUGGAAAAGAUAGGCCGGUCAUUUUCCCACAGCUGACUUUUUAUUCAUUGGUGCAAGGUACAGUAUUACAAUAUUACAAAUCACCAAGCGCCUUUGCGAUUGGCUCACUGUGUAGCCAUAUGACUUGACGACGCUGUGUCAAGUUAAAGGAAUAGCACUAAUUGUGAGCCACACUAACUGUGGUCCUUGUGAGGGAUGUGCCUUCCACUCAGGGAAUCUGAAUGGCUUUAUUUCUGUAUGCAAAGCAAUCAACAUACCAAAGUAUCUGCCAUAGAUGUGGCUUCCUCGUACCCUCCACCCUCUUACUCUGGGCCCAGUAACUCGAUUGUAAUUGUGUGUUUGCACUAGACACAGGUUUAUACCAAGAUUCCUAAUCAAGAAAAGAGACUCUGGAUUUGAUUUGAGCUUCCAGUUUCCUCCAGGACCAAUCAAGCAGUUAAGGGUGAAAAAGGAAAAUGGUUUGCUCACAACCCUUCCAUCACCUGGAGGUCACCUGCUGCCUCCUACGUCACUGUGUGUAUCUUGCUGUCAGGCCAUCUGGUGAGCUUUACUGCCUCUUAAGUAUCAGGCUCUCUGGUAACUGGAGUAGACGUGGAGCUGCACCUGUCACCCUGGACUGGUAACAGUCAGUGCAGUGCUGGUGCAGGAGGAGGAGGUGAUUUGCAUCAUGUCCAUGCUGGAUGGGCCUCUACCCACCGGGAUGCUGUUGAACACUUAGGUGCCAAAGGAAUCAACCUAUCAGCAAAUCCCAGCAACAAAAGAAAGUGAAAUAUGACUAAGUAAUCAGAUUUUAGAGCUAUGUUUUAUAUUAAAGUAGUUUAACUCCCAAACACAAUUUUAAAUGGUUGCCACAAAUGUUCACUACAUAUAUUAUAUAUUACAUAUAAUUUAUCAAAGCAGUAUUCUGGGCUUUUGAAUUGUCCCUAUGGAUCAGGGACAUUUGACUAUGUUUCUUGAUAAUGUUCAUGAUGUGGUGAGAGAGGGCUUCAGAUCCAGGCCAUGUGAGGUCUGACUGUGCUAGGACAGAAGAAUGAAUUUUUGCCACUGGAGGAGAUGGUUCCUCGUUUCUGCACAGCCUGGCUGGGGGUGCCACCGCUCUGUGAUGCUGCUCCUGGAAGUGGCCAUCGCUUCCUAUCUCUGAAGCGUGUGACAUCUAUCUCCUAGUGUUUGGUUCAGCAAUCACUCACUGUUUAUGUCAGCAUAGAAAGGAAAUGUUUGUAUCUUUUAUAUAGAUGAUAGGACUUCAAAAGAAACGUACAUUUAUGUUUGCAUAGCCCCAGCUGAGAAAAUCCUCCCCAUAGUUUAAAUUGUGCUGCUGUGGACAGGAGGGAAAAAAAUAAAACCUGCAUUUUUAAGGGCAGCAAACAUGAUGUUUGACAUUGCUAAAUGCCCAAAAAAGCUAAGUUAUAGUGGAGACCUAGAGUCACCCAUGGCAUCAGCAGUAUUAAUGUCAGUCUAGUGCUGAUAUGUCAGUGAUGAAGAAAAAUAUGGGCCCAUGUCUGCAGAUGAUAGCUGGCUGCAUCUGUAAACACAGCAGAAGUAGCACCCCCACCCAGAACCAAGGGGCAUGACAGUGGACCCAUGAAGGGAGAAUGUGGCCCUCAACCUGUCCGGUGUUAACCACUAGAGAAGUUUUCAUUUUAUGUCCUUUUGUAAUGCCUGUGAAUUUUAGUGGAUUGGUGCAUUAGACCAAAUACUCAGGGGAUUUUUCUUUAAAACAUCCCUCAGAUAUGUCAUUAGGGAAAGCUGUCCUUUUUGUUUUAAAACUAACCAAGACCAUCAUGCAAAAUGUCCUCCAAAUCCCCCUUUUCCACUGCAUGUGCAUCUUGACUUUCAUAAGAUAUUAGCUCAACAUAAGAGUCAGAAUGUGCCCUGUUGUUGAAACACUCCUUGUACCAUUUUCCUAUGUUCAUAUUAUAAACUGUCUGGAAAGUGAAAAUGUAUGAGCAGAUUACCUAAAGUAGAAGUGAAAUAUUCAUGAUGCUUUUCAUACACUGUGCAUAAGAUGUAAAGUUUGUAAUUAAUGUUAAUUUCUGUGCAUUUUAAUAUUCUUUUAUAAUUAUGAGCAUUUUAAUAAAUUCAUUUUUACAAACCAGA